AUGCUAUCAAAGUUCAACCCUCUCGGGCUGGGUCCAGCACCGCGCCUCGAGGACAAUUACACAAACGCAGUCAAGGCCGGACCAACUCUCGCCGUCUCCGUGUCAUGCAAGAUUCUCCAAUGCCUCAAAUGCCUCAAGCAUUCUCGGACCAAUACCCAUCCAUUUUCGCGCUCAGGAGUCAACUCCGGCGGGCGCAGUUUUGAGUUUUCAGAGAACAUUCGAUUCCCAACCGUCUCCAACCCUCUUCCGCACACCACCAGUGAUGCACCUCCAAAGGCUAACCAUGUUGACAGAAGUGCCCCUCAAGCCUGUCCCGCCAUUGGAAAGGAAGGGAAAGAUCCAGUCGCCACGGGAAUACAUCGGAUCCCAAGCCCGAGUUUGGCUUCCGAUCUCUCUCUCUCAGUCAAGUCAUCGAACGUCACGAAACCUCUCUUUCUCCCUGUUCCCGCGGAAACUUUGCCUCCAAUACAGGAGAUAAAACCAUCAUGA